UGUAACUGAGGGGUCUAAAAGCAAAACCGCCUCUUUGCAUAAAAUUCACAAAAUCAAAUAUUUGUAUGCGUGAAAAGACACGUUCGGGCUAAACAAAUGUGAAAUAACAUUUUGGGCCAUAAGCGCCUCUAAACAGUAUUAAAUUGCAGUCAAAAUCGUCGGUAAAAUGCAAAAGCGCCUGUUUGAAGACUAAUAUCAGGUGCAAACGCGCCACUGUUGAAUUGAGCCAAUGAGAUGCGAAUAUAGCGCCAUACUGUCAUGGCGGCCGUGAUCAAGUUUCUGUGAACACGCUUAGAUUUCCAGAACCAGUUUUUAUUAAUUUUCGAGUGCUUAUGGAGGUUAACAUCACACCAGUGGCUCCAAAUAGAGCCAGAAAAAGGAUAAGGGACCCUGCGCAUUGGAAACGCAACAUAAAAAAACGUGAAAGGUAUAUGCCGAAGAAUCUACCAAAUUUAUCCAUCUCUUGUACACAUAAGAGCAAGUUAAUGAACUGCUCCAAACUAACAUCCCAAGAUCUCAGAAAGUUUCGCGAGGCCUUUUACUCUAAACCAGAGAAAAACUUUCAAGACAACUUUAUACUUAAAUAUAUGAAGGUAAAGGUACCAUCCCGGAAGAAGCGUGGUGAGCGCAAGAGAGAGAGAAUCAAACAUGAACAGGACUCUACAAAAAAGGCCCAUUUAAUAGGUGAACUAAGGCUGCAUAAAUUGAAGGCGAAAUGCUUUCACAGGUUUUUGAAGGAGUACGAUCCUAGCAGAUUGACCAUUAGUUUUGAUUGUCAAAAAAAUCAGGUGCUACCGAAAGUGCCUGAUCAGUCGGCAUACUAUAGUCGCCAACUGUACAUCUAUAAUUUUACAAUAGUAAAAGGAAACGAGACUCAGAACAUUUCCAAAGAAAAUGUUUACAUAAAUUGUUGGACUGAAAACACGCACAGAAAAUCGUCUAACGAAAUUGCAUCAGCUUUAUAUUUUUUUCUUAAAAAUUGUAACUUGGAAGGCAAAAAAGUUCUAAGAUUAAUGGGAGAUGGCUGUGGCUCUCAAAAUAAAAAUAGUACCAUGAUUGCCAUGCUCUCAUAUUGGCUAGUAAAUGAAGCUCACAGAAACCUUAAAACAAUAGAGCUGAUAUUUCCAGUGCCCGGGCACUCAUUUUUGCCCGCGGAUAGGGUAUUUGGAUUAAUAGAAAAAGAAGUAAAGAACAUGGAACAGAUAAUACACCCACAGUCCUAUAUAGAUAUAUAUGAGAAAUAUGGGCAAGUCACAAAGCUCGGUAUGGAUUGUUCUGUUUUUAAUUGGAAAGAAUUGGGAAUGAAUACACUUAAGCGGCCAGGUGAAUAUCAUUUCCAAUUUCUGCCCUGUAAACGUUUUUAUCUGAAGAGAGUUAAAAAUAACCCCCAACGAUGCUUGUUAAAAGGUGAAGUUAAUUACAAUACUGACCUAGGAGCCUACAAGUCUGUCAUUAAAAAAAAUAAAAGUUUGUACAAAGCUUCAGUUCCUUUAGUAGAAGCAGGAAAAGUCAAAGUGAGUGCACUCAAAAUUGGAGAUGUAAAGAAUUUAUUAAAAAGCCAUUUUGGUGAAAAUUGGGAAACCCAGUAUGGCGAUGAACUAAACUUUUACACAAAUAUCAUAACGAAAAAUACUGAUGAUACUGAAAAUGCAAAUGUUCUCGAUGGUGAUACGGAAAAUGAAAAUCACGAUCUUUGUAAUUAUUAUCCCGAAGAAAUUGGAUUAAGCGUUUAAUAUAUUUUUAUAUUCUCUUUUUUAUUAUUUCAACAAAAUGUUUAUAAUAUUAGAAUGUUUCUGUUUUUUUUUUUAAUAAAUACUUGAAUUUCUUACUUUUA